AUGCAUCGAAAUACCAAGUAUUGCCUGAUAUUCCUUGCCCUUUUAUCGGUCUUCGGAGGCGUCGCAGUCUUUUCCGUUAUCUGGCUCAACUACCAUAAACAGCAUCAACCCCCUGUGAAGCGCGGGAUAAGGGGCAUGCAUCAACGGGAUUUUUUGGGCUGGAAAUCUUCUGCAGACGUUGCGGAUAUCCCGUAUUUUGGUAUUGAGGACAGCGAGUUCUCACACGUUUACAAAUCUCGGUAUCGAAAUAGACAUCGUUCGUCUGAUGCGGAAGAAGAUCUUGGUAGUCCAGACAGUUACUUUACCUCCAGUUCGGUUACCGCAACCACUUCAUCGAGCGUGCAGCCAUUGGCUACCUCUCAUGGUAACAUUAAUCCAUCUGUCGACAGUCAAGUUCCCGCAACACCUCAUACGAGUGCGUAA